CGAACGACGGAAAAAAUAUUGAAAUUACGUGUCGUCUUGGCCCAUUCACAUUCACCUCUCACUCGCUCUCCCAACUCCCAAACGACAAUGGCCGCAAAAACGCCCAAAACCAAAUCCUCCGAACCCCCAAACCCUAAACCUAAACCCUUUCUUCCUUGGAAGACACGCAUUUCGUUGUCCUUUCUCUCUACAAUUUCCGACGCCGCACGUCGCUCUAACGGCACCGUUAACCGCCGUCUCAUGAACUUCCUCGAUCGCAAAGCCAGCCCCAACCAAACCCCCGUUAACGGCGUUUCCUCCAAAGACGUCACCGUCGACGCCACGCGAAACCUCUGGUUCCGCCUCUUCACCCCCUCCGCCGCCGCCGCCGCCGUCAGCACCCUCCCCGUCGUCGUUUUCUUCCACGGCGGCGGUUACGCGUUCCUCUCCCCGGACUCCUACGCUUACGACGCCGUUUGCAGGCGGUUCUGCCGGCGAGUCCCCGCCGUCGUGGUCUCCGUCAACUACCGCCUCACGCCGGAGCACCGGUACCCUUCCCAAUACGACGACGGCGAGGACGUGCUCAAAUUCCUCGAAGAGAACCGCGCGGUGCUGCCGGAAAAUGCUGACCUGUCAAAGUGCUUCCUCGCCGGCGACAGCGCCGGCGCAAAUUUGGCCCAUCAUGUGGCGGUUCGGGUCGCGAAGUCGGGGCUCCGGGAAAUCCGGGUCGUCGGGUUGGUAUCCAUCCAGCCGUGGUUUGGUGGGGAGGAGCGGACGGCGGCGGAGGUGCGGCUGAAGGGGGCGCCGCUUGUGUCGGUGGAGAGGACGGACUGGCUGUGGAAGGCCUUUUUGCCGGACGGGUCGGAUCGUGAUCACGGGGCGGCGAACGUUAGCGGGCCGAAUUCGGAGGACUUGUCGGGUUUGGAUUACCCGGAAACUUUAGUGUUUGUGGGUGGGUUUGACCCGUUACAAGAUUGGCAAAAGAGGUACUAUGAGUGGUUGAAAAAUUCGGGCAAAGAGGCUCAAUUGAUCGAGUAUCCAACUAUGAUUCAUGCUUUUUACGUGUUCCCUGAUUUGCCCGAAUCUUCUCAGUUGAUUUCACAAGUCAAGGAUUUCAUCAAGAGGAUCUCCGAUUUGAAACCAUGAAAUGAUGAUUAUUAAUAUUAAUAUUAUAGAAUAUAGGGUUUAGUCAUGAAACGAGUAGAGCCAUGCAGUGUUACUUUUACCAUGAUACAUGUUUUGGGUACUUAGUGUCCCCACUUUGCCAAAUUUAAAAGUUAU